AGCUAUCUAAACUUUCGCUCCAAUCUUCUUAAACAAGACGACGCUCACAAUUAUGAUGGAGCAAGAUCUUGUUGCUGCUCCGGUCUACGGCCCGGAGUUGCCUCCGGCGGACCCCAAGGUCUACUUCCGCGUGUCCCAGCCUUGUGAGACGUCCCUCUGCUUCGAGCUUGUCAAGGUCGGACGAGACACCUACGUCUGCAUGGACCUCAACUACUGGAUUCUUGGCGUACCUUUGUGCGAUUUGAUCGAUGUCCGUCUGCACUCGUUGAACGGAAGGAUCAGGACCUUUCUGGCGCCGGACAGCAACUUGAACGACAUGUGGCGUCAUCGUGGCAAAACAAACGAGAUGAUGAUCAGUUGCCUUUCGCACACCUACGAUUCUUUCGAGAAGAUCCUCGUCUUCAUCCGCUCCAACCGCAGCGAGAAUCUGAAGAACCAGGAGUUCGUCGAGCAGAUCAAGACGCUCGGGAAAAAGGUGGCUUCGGACCUGGUCUGCAUCUAUCCGGGUCUCCUCUUAAUGCAGGAGCGCAUCACUGCUGCUCGCAAGGAAGCUACGAAGCUGAGAGCCCAUGGAGUUGAUGUAGACCACAUCCGCGAUUGCUUUGCCGGCAUUCUCCUCGAAAUCUUCCACAAGAACAGCGUUGCGGUUCCUCUGAGCACACAGGUGCACUCGAAUAUCAUGGUUCCGAGUCAGGUUAUCAUCGACUUGGUCUUGGUCGAUCGCACGAUGCGCUUUUUUGAAGGUACGUAUCCCUAUGAUGCUUUUUCUGAGUUCGUGGAACUUCUCAUCUACAUGUGAUCUAGAUGCAGCUUUUGGAUUUAGAAGACCAUCCUCGCAGAAAAUCGUGACAACUAUGACGCCAUGGAUGUCAAACGUCAAGAUCUAAAGAUUUUGAAUCCUCACAAAUUUCGAAUUGAAGACCAUAAAAACAAAAUCUCUCACUUUCCCAAAACAAGACGUCUCCUCUUUCGUCUUGCGAGUUUGUCACCUGCAAGCCAAGUCGCUGCUUCUGCACAUGAGGCGACUCGUGGCACGAAUCUAGGAGUCUUUUUACGUGUUUUGGACCUCUAUUCCGACACAGGUCACAAAAGUACUCCAAAACACGUCAGCAAAUCUUGCGUGAUCGCAAAUUUCUGACGCGAAGAUGAUUCUGAGAGGAGACUUGGGCAUUUGGUCUCCGUCUCUUGAGAGCAAUCCAUCCCUCCUUCGCACAUUUCGCAAGAACAAGCUGAGAGUGGUGGACAGAACUAGUCAAAAUAGUGGUAAAAAUAAGGGUCAAAAAAAACAUCCCGCACUUUUCGUUAAGUUGUUAUGUAAGAAUAAGGGUAAAAAUAAGGGUAAAAAUAAGGGUAAGCAGAGAAAGCAAAUAGAUGUCAAAAUAAGGGUUAAGUGAGGCACUUCGCGAAAUCUACUCUCACAAUUUCCACAAAAAUCGCCAGGUUUUGAUCGAAUUGGAACGAUGACGCCGGGACAGUAUUUGGGGUAUGUGUUGGAAUAUGGUGGAUUCGGAUUGCUGCGGGAGACGGCUUCCGUUCUCGCAGCUUGCUACGAGCGGAUCAUUUCUGACACGACUGCUACACUUCGGGAAGGUAUCUAAAUUUUUGCUUUUAUCGCCUUUUUUGGAUUUUCGAUUCUAGAUCUUUCGAUUGAAAUGUGAGAAAUUUGCUCAUGAGAUCUACAUGCUAACUGCUGUGUGCGUGUAAUCUCGGAAAUUGGGAACGAAGAUUGUGCAUGUUACUUGGAGACUUCGUUUUAAGACAUGUAGGACAUGAAGGACAUGAAGGACAUGAUGAGAUGCACAACUCAGAGACAUGACUUUUUAACUCUUUCACUUUCGUGGUUGGGUCAGCGGAAUCAAUACAAAUCACGCAACUCAAGGUUACACGCGUCUCGCUGUUGGGGAUGUGGUGGACGAGCAGAUCAUGAACGUCAUCCAAAUUCCGGGAGUUGCGAAGAAGACCUUCGCGCAGAAGAUCGAGGUUCUUGCCGGUUACGGAGGCUCAGAGCCACUCCGCAGUCGUGCUCGUAGUACGCUUCUUUGGGGUCACUUCUCGUUCCUCAUGUACCACAAGUUGAACCAGUUGACGAAAAUUCAGGCUCUCAAAGACACGCCUCUUGGUGUCAGUAUGGACGGUGCGUCGAUGGGCGGGCGUAAGAUCCAACAGGUCCUUCUACGAGACGACCUGUACAUUCCCGGAGUUUUUAUGACGUUUCCGCUACCUCUUUUCAUCAUCAAGUCCUACAGCGAGAAGGACAUGCAACGGUACUUGACUCACAUCGGUGCGGUAAUGGUCGCGCGAAACGCGAUUGACGACUACUUCCGUACGUGCUUAGUCUCAGCUGCAGUCCGUCAGCGCAUCGGCUUUCUGUACUCUGCGAUUGAACUUGGUGUGGAGCGUGGAAUCAACCUCGGCAUCGACAAGGGCUCCGUGGAGCGCAAAUUUUGGACAUGGAUGAUGCGAAACGGAUACAAGAUCAAUGUGGUGUUUGACAGUCCUCAUGAGGAAAACCGACAAUCGAUUUACAUCGGAGAACGCGUCUUGCCGCGUGAUUUCGGACGUUUCUUGAAGAUGCGUUCUACUUGUGGUGGCGAGUUUGCUUCUCGAAUGGGCCAGUUCUUCAACGAGUUCAUGAACCUUCAAGACGAUCAGAUCCUCGAUGUCAUCGACGGCGCACGUGGCGAGCUUUUCCUCUCGUUGCCAGGCGCUGAGGGUGAGACGGUCGCUGAGAAGUGCCUUCACCAGGUUCGCAGGAUGCGAGGCGAAAUCUCUACCUUCAGUUCCACGAAGCGAUUUUUGAAGUACGCUUAUGCUGCGAGUUUUGUGCUGGAUAAUUGGGCCCUACUGAAGAUAGUAGUCACGGCCUUGCUGCAGAAGUCGCGUCCACACUAUUUCAGCCUGCAAGCUACGCCGACGAUCGAUUUCCGACCCCGUGAGCAAUUUGCUCGUAUGCAGUUCAAGUCUGGCGAUCUAAAUCGCAUGCGCAACAAGCUCGACAAAAUGCACCAGAAGCAGAAGGAGAAACGUACACACACGUCUACUACUAAGAUUACUCUCUUCCGCAAUUCGCGAAACGAUCUCGUUCUGCUUCUGUCAUCUUUCCGAGUUUACCGUCGUAACCUCUCUGAAUUCAAAUACACUGUGAAUUUCGACCCCAAAAGCGUGAGCCUUCAGAUUUCACCUCCAUUCUUAAUCUCAGGUGAGCAGCUGCUGAAGGAAAAUGUAGUAGAAGGUUAUCACGAGGACAGCGAGAACGACGAGGCUGAUGAAGCUGACCUGCGCGGCGCGGAAGGUGCAGGUGGCGCAGGAUCGGGCACAGCCGCUACUCUUGAACAAGAUGUUCCCAAAGGCCAAUUUGCGGAGGUGGCUCGUCCUGGUGCUUUUCUUGAUGGAAAUCUCCGUCGCGUCCGCCAAGCAGCCAAGCAGCCACAGGCUUCCAAGAAGCCAGCGAAAAAAGACAGUGAUGACGACAUGGAUGACGAAAAGGCAGAUCACUCUUUGCUCGGUGUUUUGUGCACUAUGCUGAACGACCAGUCUGCUCGAAUCCGCGUUGAGGUCUACUUCAAAAUGGUCAAGCCUCGCCUGUGGUAUCACGCUGUAGGAAUCUGCCAGGCCUGGAACAACCUCCUUGCCAGGAAAUGGUUCUUCAAUGAGGGUCCAGGAUUGCUGCGGCAAACGGCUGCUGCGUUUCACUCUCAAGUGACGCCUUGGCUGAGUUCGAAGGUGCAAGUGCAUGGUGCGGGGCCGCAUAUUGCUAGUCUCGCGGGCGGUGUGGCUGAAGAUGUAAAUAUUGGAUCUUGUGUCUCUAAGCGAUGGCGUCGACUGGGGUAUGUGGUUCCAUUCUUGCUAGGAGAUCGAAGAAGAAAUCCCUCACCUUGAUGCUAUGACUCUUCUCUUCUCAUCAUUGGUCGAACUUGCCGCACUUUUGACGGGUGACAUCCUUUCUGACCUUUUGUAGUGUCAUCUUCUUUUGCACUGCCCUACAAUUCAGGCACUUCGCCAGAUUAUCGACGUCCAUUCAGCUCGCAUGUGCCUCUGGCAUCGUGUUCGCAUGUAUGCUGAGUACCAGUGUCCUCACAUUUGCCUCAAGAGCCUGGAGAUUGCAGCGGAGAACUACAACAUGGGGCCGCUUGUCAAAUGGAUUCUGGGCAAUACGUAUGAUUUUUUGGCGCUGCAUGGAUAUGACGUGAGCAACGGCUUGAACGAGGUCUCAUACAACGGUGAUAUUUUGUCUGAUCCGUCGACUGAGAUGCCCGGUUUAGUCGGGCCAGGCGGUGUGCACGGUAUCGUGGGGCAAGGGUUUACGCACUUCGACCCACGUGGAUUGAGGGCGCCAGCGGAUUAUGAGCGUAAUUUGUUCAUGCGCAUCAAGGAGGUAGCACAAGCAGAGACGGAGCAAGCAAAAAGCGUGAUGAAGUUUCUCUUCGGCGAACAGGAGUUCUACAUCGUGGCUGAGUUCAUGAAGCUGCUGGAAGGCAACAGGUUGCGCGAAGCAAGGAACUUUGCCACGGUUUGGAAUAAGUCUAUGCCACUCGGUACUCGCGACAUUGAAGCCAAGUUCGGGGACCUAUCUGUUGCGGCGAAGCGUGCGCACAAUGCUGGAGCUGUUGUCGAUGUACUAUAUGUUCUUUCUUGUAAAUUAUUCCAAGUUAUUUGGCCUUCUUCUGACAAAAUGACACUCACUCUGGUGCACCUGCAGCCGAAGUUUUGCACUCUUUAAGGUGGAGAGAAGCACUCAAGUUCUUGUAUGACAUUGAUUCUGCAAUCUAUCAACAACGAUACUCAUUACCAUAGCUCGCUUCUUCCGAUAAUAGCACUCUCCACUCAACAUUACAGCAACUUCCCUUGCACCUGGCUGAGCGCGUCAUACCAACCGGAUUCGAAUUUCUAAAACCUCAGUGGUUGGAGAAGCAGCCUGACCGGACUCGUGAAGUUGGAGCCAGAAACACCUUCUCUCCUCUAGAUCAGCGAGAACCUUUGUCAUUGGCAGGAGCGGACACGGAAGAAGAGCUCAAGCACAUGAUGUAUGGCGCGGAUCGAUCUUUCGAGAAGCAGACCGUUGAUCUGGUGUCGCUAACGGACUUCGAUACAUGGUGGGACUUGAAGUCGAAGGACCGCACGCGGGACCCAGUGCAGGAAUUUCGUGACUGGGCGAAAGAACGGCCGAGGGUGACGGAUACCGAGAUCCGAUCCGAGAUGUCCACGGCAAUGCACAUCGAUGCAGAGCAGCACGGGCUGACGGCUGAGCAGGUGAAGAAUAUUGCGGAGACGCCGCAGAACGUGGGUGACGCGAAGCACAUUCUCAAUGCGGAGUUUGUGAUCGAUGAGCAUUUCGAGUUUCUCUUGCGGGACACGCGUGCUGCUCGCGAUCGCUGGGAGAAAGGUCGUGUGUUGUGUGUCUUGUUGUACGGAAUUCUCAAGAAAUGUAAGGACGAAGGCAGGCCAUUGCUGCUGGAAGUGGUGAAAGGCCCAGAUGUGCACCAUUUGCAUUCGCUCGAAGUGAUUCCAGGUCUGCGCAUGGUAACUGGCGUUGUUUGUGACGAAGCUGAUGACGAGCGUGAUAAGAUCAUGACGGACGAAACCAAGUCGGAUUUGCGCAAAGCUUUGGACCAAAUUGCGGAUUUGAAUAGACAAGACGGGGCUAAGAUCCCUGGAGCAGAAGGACCGAGUGAGGCUGACCUACUGAAUUCCCAUGGUAUACUCUUGUGAUAUCUUCUUGCUUAUCUACGAACCAAGACGAGACCAAAGCGUAGGCCAACUUGAUAGCACCACUUCUUAGAAACUUUGGAGAGCAGGCACGAACUUGACUCUUUUUCUUUCAUUUGCAGGCGUCUUCGCAGGAGCGGAGGCCCAGGAGGAGAAGAGGUAUGACCCUGAGCAAGACUUGCUGAACUACGUGCCCUUGCAGUUUCCGACGGAGCGAGAAGCGUGGAUGUACCCUAUGCCGACAUGCGAGAAGGCUACGAAGAGCAAGCUGAAGGGACUAGUUCUACUACCAUUUGGGAUUCAACACAUGAAGAACGACAAUUUUGACAGCAUUACAAUUUUGGAAUCAACGAGGUUCGGGUGCAUGAGCAGCAAGGUCUUCACCUACAUCAAGAAGAGUAGCAACAGUUUGCAAAUACUAGAAUGUGCCGAAAAGAUGGGCUACUUUCUCAGCAAAACCACGUGGACGCCCGGCUACACAACAUCGAAGCGCGCGGAUGUUGGUGCGAUCAUCACGUUUUUAGUGCAAGAGUCUCCUAUUUUGUUGGAAUGCUUACGCGGUGACGAUUUUGUUCCGCAUGUUGACUGGAAUAACACAACCUACGUCCGAGCGCCGAGUGGAUGUUUUACUACAGACGCGAAUGGCAAGAUCAUCUCUUACAAGCCGAUGGACGACGAUUUAGAUGGCCUGUUCAUGGAUGCAGAUGCGGGCACUGGAUUUGCUGGCGGCCCGGCGCGGGCCGACGAGUUCGACCUCGAUUCUGAAGUAGAUCUUCCCUCGCGUCUCUUGGAAGAGUUUUUCGCCGAGGGCGAGCACAUGGCAGAUCCGAAGGACUUGAACAAGGAGAACAAGAAAGAGCGACUUCUUCCAGCGGAUGACGAGUUGGAUGAUGGACAUGAAGGCUCUCUGAUGGGUAGUUUCUUCAUGGGCGGCAAAUCCGACAAGAAGACUACAGAUGGCAAAGGAAGUUCAACACUUAAGACAGCUACUUCUACUCUCAACACGACCAGCUCGGCCGACAUGUCUCCGCGAGCCAAGAUUGAUCUGAAAACUAACGACGACGACCCAGGAUCCCUUACACAUCUCCACAAGUGCAUGAAUUUGGACGACAUCACACUCACGCUGAAACAACGAACCGAAUUGUUUUACAUCUUCUUCAAAGGCAUGAAAGAAGGAGAAAAGACACUACUCAAGAACGACUUCUACGGAAUUUCGAUGGUCAAACCGGGCAAGAAGCGAGAAGCGGUACCGGCGCCGGUCUCGACCAUCAGUAAGACAGCAGCAGAAUUCGAGGCUGCACUCCGCAAAACGGAAGUGCAGUAUGCUUCGUUGGGAGUUGCGCGCGCGCAAAAUGAUCUAAAGGAACAGAAACAGCAGAAAGCGAUGAAGAAAGCACCUACGGCAAAGGCAGCGUUUGACUCUGAGCAGAAACUACUCGGAGCGCCCCAAAAGGAGGAAGGGCUCCACUGCAUGGAGGUCGAUGGAGAUUCAGAUGACGUAUCGUUUCUUUGUUGGUCUGGCUUUGAUUUUGAGCAUAUUGUGUCUUUGUGUUGAUCUUUUUAUCACUUCACCUUGCAAGUUUCCUAAAGCUUUCCCCUCUCAUUUUCUAAAGACGGCUUUUCAUCUUUCUUCUACAACCACAACACAGAGCGACGCUACGACGUUAUCUGGGCUAAAGAUUGACAAUCUGGACGACUUUGUCGGCGAUUUAGAUGGCGAUGGUGAGGGUGCUGACGCUGCGUUGGCUGACGUUGAGAUGCAGAUUCGCCAGCAGUACUCAACCGAGAAGGGCAAAAAGACUCUGACACAGUCGCGCUUGAUGUUCUAUCGUGAUGACCUAGAUCUUGUACGAGAACAGGCGAAAGUGCAUGGCAAGCGUUUUGCGCUAAGGUGCAUGGAUCCGAAAUGCAAAGCAGGAAGCAAGGAGGUCGGACACUGCAAGUUUCAAUGGGUUCACAACAAUGGGCCGACGUUGUUUUACGGUCCGGACGAGGCCUGCAAGAUGUCGAAAGCAUGUGGACCUAUGAGCCAUGCAAUCAGAAGCACCAAGAAGAACGCGCUUCAAUGCUACUGCGGUUUUUGGCGUGCUCGACAAUGCUGGGCUACGAAGGACUACAAGACACUGAUCAACAAGAAAGCUACCUUCAACUGUGCAGUCUAUCAAGCGCGAGACGCUCUGAUGAAGUUGCAUCCAGAUCAUCAGGGCUGCAACUGGUCGAAGACGAAGAUCUCGUGCUUUUCGAAGGCUCAAACCUUCACAGCUCGUCAGAAGGUGGACCAAGACGGGGAGUUGAUUUAGAUUUACAUACUCGCAUUUUGAAUUUGAGAAAUAGUCCACACACUCAACAUUUUUACAUGUAACAAAAUAGUUGUAGUACAACACUUCCUAUCUUCGGGUCUUUUUUGCAAAUUAUUCAUCAUGCCUUUCUUGUAGAAUGUUCGAUCUCCAUGUUUUUCCAUUCAAGAACUUUAUCUUCAUAUGAUUCUGAUGUACCAUUUGACAUACUAUUGAUCUUGCUCGACACGCUUCUUAUCCUCAUAAGCUUUCUGAACACAUUCAUCGAGAUCGACACAGAAAUCUUGUUUUUGCAUAUCUUUCCAUGAAGUCUUUUUUCUAGU